GCAGUGAAUAGAGGCAGCAUGUCGCCUCCACCUGGCCUGGUGAGGGCUGGAGUGUGGCUGGGUUCAGCCAUGAGCCGGUGUGCGCUGGAACCCCGACCCGCGGGGAAGCGGUGGCUGUCCCACCCAGCUUUCCUCUCCGCUUUGGGUCUCAGCGGAUGCUGUAAACUAGUGAAUGGCGACAGCUGUGCUCCCGCAGGUGGCCGGCCUGGGGAACCCCGGGCUGCCCAGCACUCGGCACAGCGUGGGCAUGGCAGUGCUGGGGCAGCUGGCGCGUCGGCUGGGUGUGGCGGACAGCUGGGCCCGGGACCGGCGCUGCGCCGCCGACCUCGCCCUGGCCUCCCUCGGGGAUGCCCAGGUGGUCCUGCUCCGACCACGGAAACUCAUGAACGCCAACGGACGCAGCGUGGCCCGGGCUGCGGAGCUGUUCGGUUUGGCUGCUGAAGAGAUCUACCUGGUGCACGAUGAACUGGACAAGCCGCUGGGGAAACUGGCUCUGAAGCUGGGGGGAAGCGCCAGGGGCCACAAUGGCGUUCGUUCCUGCAUAAGCUGCCUGAACUCCAGUGUAAUGCCGCGGCUGAGGGUGGGCAUCGGACGCCCCUCGCACCCUAACACAGUGGAGGCCCAUGUGCUGGGCUGCUUCUCUGCCGCUGAGCAGGAGCUGCUGCCUCUGCUGCUGGAACGCGCCACUGACCUGCUGCUGGACCACAUUCGUGAGCGAAGCCAUGCGCCACCCGCCUUGGUUCCCUGACACUGGUGCCCAUGGCUGCCCACAGCUGUUCAACUGCCCAGCCACAUCCACAGAGAUGCCAUGCCAACCGGUGGUAUCUAUAUUUAAUAACUCUUCUUUGGGCCACCCCAGGCUGCCCAUGGAUUAAAGGGGGAGCUGUUGCUGGAUAGUCCAUUCCUGGAAAUAGG